CCGCCGCGAGCGCAUGCUUCACACGACCAACGAGCCGGAAUUCGCGCGCAGCCUUCCCUUCGAAACGUCUAAUGGGAAACUUUUACUUUCGCACGGAACUUUAAAAACUUCACCGUACAUUUGGAUGUGUGUGCACGUGUCUGUGUUCCUUGUUUGUACCAUGCUACAGUGACAGUUUACAAAAUAUAUUUUAUUAUGUUCGAAGGAGACAAUUGCAAUAUGUAUCUCUGUUUAUGCCUUGUUAUUUGGAGCGCUGCCUUCGUGCCGACUCAAGCCCAAGGCGACAGACGCUGUGGGCACCCUGCUGUACCGCCAAACGCAAGGGUGUCUCUGUCCACCGAUGGUGACAUAGUGCCAGGAACAGUGGCUACGUAUGAAUGUGACGAUGGCUACGAACUCUUCGGGUCCCGUCAACGAGAGUGUUCGUUACGAGGGGACUGGACGGCGGAAUCUCCUUUUUGUGGCACAAACGUUGCGUUCAGGAAGCCUGCUAAUCAAUCAACCACAGUUCGAGGUGGCCACGCCAGCAAUGGCAACGAUGGUGAGAAGACCACAGAACACGACGGCAAGCGGUGCACGGAGACGCAGAGGGAAGCCUCUCCGUGGUGGCAGGUGGAUCUGCUUCGUCAUUAUGCUGUUAAAGUCGUCAGAGUGACCACCAGAGGAUGCUGUGGUCACCAACCUCUGCAGGACCUUGAAAUCAGAGUUGGAAACAGCAGUACAGACCUCCAGCGAAAUCCAUUGUGCGCUUGGUUUCCCGGAACUAUAGAUGAAGGCAUAACAAAGACUUUCACAUGCGCUCGACCUCUCAUAGGCCAACAUGUGUUCCUGCAGCUUGUUGGAGUCGAAGGAUCCCUGUCAUUAUGCGAAGUCGAGGUCUUCACUACAGAAGAGUUCUCCAACGACCGUUGCGCCCCCGCCGGAGCAUCCGCGGAUAUCGAAUUAGCGGCUUUUUCCAGAAAUUGCUAUGAAUUUAAUGUCGCCAAAGGAGCUUCAUUCGAUGACGCCAGGAAACAGUGCCAGUCGCAUGGAGGUGAUUUAAUUAACGGCUUUCAGGGAGCCACGUCAAGUUAUCUGAUUCAAGAGCUGGAACGGCGCAAGUCGCAACUGAAAACACAGCUUGUAUGGAUAGGAGCACAAAAGGAACCCGGUCUCACGUCACGGACUUGGAGAUGGGUCGAUGGCGAAAUAGUGUCAAAACCGACGUGGGGCAAAGACCAGCCAAACAAUUACAACGGGGAACAAAAUUGCGCUGUCCUGGACGGCGGUCGUGCGUGGCUGUGGAAUGACGUGGGCUGCAACCUGGACUAUCUUCACUGGAUAUGCCAGUACCUACCGCCAUCAUGUGGAAGCCCGGAUAAACUUUUGAACACCACCAUCGAAGGGAAUAGUUAUAAGGUUGGGGCAGUUAUAGCCUACAAGUGCCCCGAAGGUCAUAUGUUACUCGGGGACAAAACACGUGAAUGUAAAAAGGACGGAUUCUGGUCAGGCACAGCUCCUAGUUGUAAAUAUGUGAAUUGCGGCGGCUUGACCCCGAUUCAAGAUGGUGACGUCACAUUAGUCGAUGGUAGGACGACGCACGGUGCCAAAGCUGUGUACUCUUGCCGAGAAAAUUACACCCUUGUUGGCGAGCCUGAGAGACAUUGUGGGGAUGAAGGCAUAUGGGACGGAGAAGCCCCGAAGUGUCUCUUUGAUUGGUGUCCCGAGCCACCGCCUGUAACUGGAGCCGUCGUCACUGUCAAUGGCCACAAAGCUGGUUCGCUAGCGACGUACUCUUGCCAGAAUGGAUUCAUUCUGUUCGGACAACCGAGCGUAACCUGUAACCUAGGGGGUAUUUGGACGGGAACUGCACCUUCAUGUAAAUACGUGGAUUGUGGAACACCAGCUCAGAUUUACAAAGGAUCCUUUAGCCUACUAAAUGGGACAACUACGUAUGGUUCUCUGGCACAAUUCAACUGCGAGCCUGAUUAUUGGUUGGCUGGAGCAGAGAUAUUGACAUGCAAUCGGGAUGGAAAAUGGUCGCAUGAUAUACCUUCUUGUGAACUAAUCACCUGUGCCGAUCCAGAAGUACCAGCAGGAGGGUACAUGGAAGCUUACGAUUAUAAUGUGCAUUCGACUAUCGAUUUCCACUGCGAGAAAGGUCACAAGUUAGUCGGGGAGCAAAGUUUGAUUUGUCAACAAGACGGAGAGUGGUCCGGUGAAUCACCAAAGUGUGAAUACGUGGACUGUGGCAAGCUACCACCUAUGCCAUACGGAUCGGCUGAACUUCUCAACGGCACCACGCACUUAGGAAGCGUCAUUCAAUACUCCUGCACCACUAACUAUAGACUUGUGGGUCCGGUGAGGCGAGUCUGCACGGACACUUACCAGUGGAGUGAUUCGUCGCCACGGUGUGAAGAAAUCCGAUGCCCAGAACCAAUUGUAACCGAAAACAGUAUAGUCUCAGUGACGGGUAACGACCGAAUGCACGGUCGUACGUUAAUUCGCACAUCAGUCAGCACGAAUAAUGGACAGACGUAUCGCAUUGGGGCUUUGGUGAAGUACCGGUGCGAACGGGGUUACAAAGUGGUGGGCGAGAGCCUGUCCACGUGCGAGGACAACGGCCAGUGGAGCGGCGUCACGCCAAAGUGCCAAUACGUGGAUUGCGGCAAUCCCGGGCGGCUUCAGAACGGCAAGGUCACUCUCGCGACAAAUGCUACAUACUAUGGCGCAGCUGCGCUAUACGAAUGCGAAGAGCACUGGCAGCUCGAUGGAGUCUCCAGGAGACUGUGCCAGGACAACGGCACGUGGAGCUCUGAAGCUCCCGUAUGUAAAGAAAUCACCUGCAACGAUCCAUCAAUCCAAAUAAAGGGAAGCACGGGAUUGCUUGUCGUAACUUCCACUUUGAGUGUCGGUGGUGAGGCGCAUUACCGCUGCGAAAGAGGUUACAGUUUGAAGGGAAACCAGACGAGAACUUGUAUGCCGAAAGGACAAUGGGGUGGAGCUCCUCCUGUUUGCAUACCUAUCGAUUGUAAAUCACCUGGGAAUAUGGAGAACGGCCGCAUCAUAGUAUCCAACAGCUCUACAUUGUUCGGAAGCUCGAUAGAAUAUCACUGCCUCCCACAAUAUCACCGAGUUGGACUUUUUCUGCGCAAAUGUUUAGAUGAUGGGAAAUGGUCAGGAGAAGAGCCGCGAUGUGAGUUGGCAAAGAACGAAGCGGCCGAAAGCGGCACGUUACCACUGAGUGUGGGCGUGGGGUGUGGCAUUGUGCUGUUCCUACUUAUGCUUUUAGGAGUUGUCUAUUUACGACUCCGAAAAGCUACUCCCGUCAAAAACACAGAAAAUAUAGAAGGCGCUGAAAGAAAGGAGGACCAAAAUGCUGCCGUUAUGAGUUAUGCCACACUACACGAUACUAACGGAAGACAUAUAUAUGAUCACGUGACUGACAAUCUCUACGAUUCACCCUACAGUGAAAGCUUGGCAGAAAAUUCUGCCUACGGUCGAAGGAGCGACACCGACAGCGCGUACGAACCCGAACCGACAGGCCCCAAUGCCGUGGUCACUAUCAAUGGAGUCGCUGUCCGUUGAUCCCUAUUUAGUCUAGUGUCUAAAAGAGUGCUAUAAAUGAUUGUACUAUUUACUGAAACGGUAACCAAGUGUUAAGAAAAAGUAUACGAGACGAUACACCUACCUAUUUAUAAACAGUGACUUGUGUCAUAGUCACUCGUUUAGUCCAAACGUCGAGUGGUUGUAGUUAAUUGGAGUUAUAUAACUAUUUGCUGUUGGGAAAAUCAAAAUGGUUACCAUAAUAAGUGUAAAAGUUUUAUCUUCAUGAAUUAAUUCUUCAUCGGAAGACGAAACAAUUGUUGAAAUUUGAAUCUAUUACCUGCUUUAGUGAUCUAUCGGAAAUAUGAAUUGUUACUAAUGUAUUCUAAUCACCAACCGUUACUAGGUAAACAACCAAAGAUGUAAAAAGAGUUGGAAAUUGUAUGAAAUACGUGUUUAUAUUUUAUCAAUUAAGAAAUUAAGAUAUUUACAAAUUUAUGACGAGCUUAUGUUAGCUAUAUGAGCUUUUAAAAUUAAUGAUAAUAUAUUCUCAUGGCAAAACGCCUUUGUCUGUGAAUAUGUUUCAUUAUUCCUUACAUUAUUCUAUAAAUAUUGGCUUUACCUACCCUUUAACGUUCCAAUUAUUCAACUUUCUUCCUUGGUACAUCUCAGUUAAAAUAUUUUAUUUAGUCAUUAUUUCACUGCCCUGUUCACGUUCUGUCUACAUGUCUCAUUUAUGGAAACAUUUUCAUGUUAGGUUUAUUAUUAGUUUAGUAGGAACAUUAAUUUUAUUGAAUAGUUUUAAAAUUAGUCUAAUAAGUUUUAUAUAUGUAUAUUUAUUUGUGAAUAUUCGUAGGUGACGUUAGAUAUAUUAAUUUGAUGCCAAAAUAAUUUUUCACUGCUUAUUCCUCUUUUAACGGUUUGUAAUGAAAAUGUGAGCUAUUUGUUUGUUCCUUUGUUAUAUUUUGUAAAAGAAACAUUUUAUUAAAAAAUAUAAAUUUUGACCAGCA